AUGGCUGGACUCACCAGAUCUCAACGUGCUGCUAGAGAACGUGUUGCUGCUGCUGCCCUUGCUAAUGCUAAUGCUGCUGAUGCUGCUGCUGGUUCUAGUUCUGAUUUAGUUACUGCUAAUGCUGGUACUCAAACUGUCGAUGAACAAACAAAUUCACCCCUAGUCCAAGAACCAUCAACUGAUGAACAUACCCCUACUCCUCACGUGACUACUCUUGUUCCUCAACAUCAAGUCCCUCAAGAUAAUACUGUUGUUGCUGUUAUGUCUGCAGUCUCUGAUAUGACUCACGCUAUUACUGAAAGUUACCGUACUCAACAUGCAUUGGAUAUGGUCACUAGACUCGUUGCUGCCGGUCAAUCUAAACCGUAUAAUGGUUCAAAUAAGAAAGAGGUUUUCAAAGUUAUGAAGGAUUUGAAGGCUACAUUAGAAAGAUUUGAGGCCUGUAAGGAGGCUCCAAUCCUUGCUACAGAGUAUGUUGCCUUGUUUCAUCAACAUUUUGCAGGUGCAGCUCAUAGCAUGAUGGCAGCUUUUAUCACUAGAGAGUCUGCUAAGGGUCAAAUUUCGAUUCCUACUGUUAUGGAAUUUGUUGAGAAGCAAUUAAGUUAUCCAGACUUGUAUUAUGAUUUAUUACAUGAUCUAGCUAAUUUUAAACAAAUUACGGCUUUCCCGGCCUAUAAACAAAGGUUUUAUGAACUUGUUGAACGAUUUGAGACUCCCAUUGAGAAGAAAUUACACGAUCAUAUUGUGAGAAGAUUCGCUGAUGGCGCAUUUAAAGACAAUCAGUCGUAUUUAAGGGCACAUGUCAAAACUAUUGAUACUAUCCCUACGGUUAAUUUACCUCAACCUUUGGCUCUUGGUGAUGCUAAUCAUUUUGGAAACAAAGGCAAAUCAUCAACCAAAACUAACAAUCAAACCAACACCCAAACCGACAGUGAUCAGUCUAAAUCAUCUGGUUCCUCUAACAACAAGUUUGGAAAACGGAAGGCAGCUGGUAGCCAUGAUGGUUCAAAAGCUAAGAAACAACAACACUUCUGUAAAUUCCAUAAACGGUACGUUGCACACACUUCUGAUGAGUGUAAAAUGGGGAACUCGGUUGAGUCCGGCCCCGAAGACUUUAAACUAUGGGUAACGUUUGCUGCCAUCAGUGUCCUGAAUGAUGACACCCCUGAAUAUAUCGAAGUUGAGUUGCUGGGAUUAAAACCUCAAGUUGCUUUAUUAGAUUCUGGGUGUACGGCUAAUUUUAUUCAUCCUGAAUUAGUUAGACGAGAAGAUGUUAGGAAGUGUGACCCUAGGCCGGUUAAAUGCUUGGAUGGUACCUUUUUAUGCACGGUGACUGAGUAUGUUGACUUAGAAUGGCAGCCCCAUUUUGAUAAUCUACGCUUUUACCUAACUAAAUUAAGUCCCAUUCCUAUCGUUUUGGGUAGUCGUGUUUCGAAGAAGUUUAGACCAGAGAGUUUGAAGUUAGUUGAUCCUAAUUUACACCAACAUCUUGUAUCGAGUACUUCGUCGUGUGAUGAAGACAUUUUAUAUAAUAAUAUAAGAUUGAUUGAAGAAACUAAUCGCUUACGCGAAAUAACCUCUGGUGAAUCUGUUACUGACGCAGUGCCACUUCAAGUAAAAACCCGCUUUACCUAUAACCUGCCUGAUAUUGACUCCUUCCUUAAGAAACUCUUCAAGAGGUUUGCUAAGUAUAUUCAUAACAAUCCUAUUACGCACAGAGUUCACAAUAAAUUUGUACAUGAAAUUGAACUCGAACCAUUCAAAACUUUUCCAAAUCGACCAUUUUACCCUAUGAAACAGGAACAUGAAGCUGAACUAGAGAGACAGAUCCAGAAUUUUUUACAAUUAGGUCUAGUUGAAGAAAGUCAUUCACGCUUUGCCGCUCCUUGUAUUUUGGUUGAUAAACCUGAUGGUUCUAAACGCUUAUGUAUCGAUUACAGAGAGCUAAACAAAAUUACAAUUACUGAUAAAUUUCCAUUACCUGUUAUUGAAGAUUUAUUAACUGUUAUUCAUGAUUCAACUUAUUUUUCAAAACUUGAUUUAUCACUGGGUUAUCAUCAAAUUAAUGUUGCUGAGAAAGAUAGACAUAAAACUGCUUUCAGAACUCGCUUUGGUUUAUAUCAAUGGAAGGUAAUGCCCUUUGGCUUAUGCAAUGCUCCAGCUACAUUCCAACGAGCAAUGAAUUCAAUUUUCAAACAAUAUCUCAGGAAAUUUGUUGUGGUUUACCUAGAUGACAUCUUAAUCUUUAGCAAAAACAAAGAGGAACAUAAACAACAUCUCACUAAAGUUUUUGAAAUCCUUGAAGAAUACGGGUUAGUUGCUAAACAAUCCAAAUGUCAGUUCUUUUGUUCACAAAUUCAAUAUUUAGGACACACUAUUCUGAAAGGUAGAGUCAAGAUUACCCCAUCUAAGAUUGAUGCUGUUAGUGGAUGGCAAUUUCCAAAAUCUAAAAGGGAAAUGAAGUCUGCACUUGGUUUCGCUAGCUUCUGUCGGAAAUCUAUUCGAAAUUUUUCAUCAAUUAUUAGACCUUUAGCUGAUUGGGCUAUUCGAAACAAACGUAUCAAUAAAACAUCUUUAGUGCAAACAUUUGAAACACUUAAGAAAAGGUUGACUGAAGCUCCUACUUUGGUUACUCCUUCUCCAGAUGCUGUCUACAAAAUUACCACUGAUGCAAGUGAUUAUUGUACUGGUGCUGUUAUUGAAAAAUUAGACUCUGCUGGAAAAUCUGUCGGUGUUGUGGCUUAUUUUUCAAAAGUCAUGAACAAACAUGAACUCAAUUAUCCACCACGUGAGAAAGAGUUCUUAGCUAUCAUUCGUGUAUUGGAACGUCAUAGGCACUUGUUACUUGGUCAUAAGAUUAUCCUUGAUACAGAUCAUGAAUCAUUACAAUACAUUCUUUCACAUCCAAAACCUAUUAGUCCAAAAAUGGCUCGCUGGUUAGAUUUUUUGGGAGAAUUUGACAUUGAAAUUAACUACAUUCGCGGAAAACACAAUAAGGCUGAUGCUUUAACACGUAGAUGGCAAGAUGCAAUUCAAUUCAAUGCUAUCUCUUUUCCACUUUUGACUCAAUCAUUAGGUGCAAAUUUCUUUCAAGAAUGUCGAAACCACUAUGCUAAAACGGAUAGGUCCAGAGAAACUUAUGCAAUCUUAAACGGUGAAAUACCUGUACCUAAAUCCAGGAAACGUUCAAUCAAGAAAUUCUCUUUGGAAGAUGGUCUACUUUAUUACCAUGGAUAUGAUCAAACUGGCUUAUCAAGUCCUAGACUUUGGAUUCCUACUACUGAAUUACAGCUACAUGUGAUUAAUCAACAUCAUUCAUCUGUUUCCAUGUUACACCCAGGUUUAGUCCCUACUUAUAUGGAACUCCAGAAAUACUAUUGGUGGCCAAACAUGCAUGAAACUGUUCGGUAUUUUAUUCGUCAUUGUGAAACUUGUCAAGCAAUAAAACCUCUGACACAACUUGGUUAUGGUCUUUUACACCCAAUUCCAAUACCCACAAGACGUUGGCAAUCAAUUACAAUGGACUUUAUCUCAGGUUUUAAAGAAACUCAAGGUAAGAAUCAGGUCUUAAUUGUUGUCGACCGAUUAACUAAACGUGCUCAUUUUAUUCCUUGUUCCAAGAAUUUGACUGCACAAGAAUGUGCUUCGUUGAUCUUAAAUGAAGUUAUCAAACAUCACGGAGUACCUGAAGAGAUCAUUACAGAUCGAGAUUCAUUAUUCACUUCACACUUUUGGCAAGAAUUCUUUACAGAUCUUCAAACCAAAUUGAAAUAUUCCACCCCAAACCAUCCUCAAACUGAUGGCCAAACGGAACGAACCAAUAGAACGUUUAUACAACUUCUACGUGCUUUCAGUAACUAUAGGGAUACGCUUUGGUUAGACAAGCUACCUUUAUUGGAAUUCGCAUAUAAUUAUCGUUAUCAUUCAUCAAUCAAAAUGUCCCCAUUUGAAGCUGACUUAGGAUAUCAACCAUUACCUCCCCAUUUGGAUGCUAAUUUAUUCGAUUUUCCUGAAAGAAAGCGGAAAACCAGGGCAAACGAACUUGAUUUGAAUACUAAGAUGGAACACUUAAACUUUUUGGUUAGUUGUCUACAAGAUAAUUUAUUUGCUGCACAAGAAGAACAAGAAAAACACUAUAACAAAGCACACCGAGAGCUUCUACUACAACCAGGUGACAAGGUUCUUUUACACCGAAACUCCAAAAUCUUCGGUUAUAGCUUUCGCUUCACCAAAGAAGAUGAGCUUUAUUAUGGUCCCUUUGCGGUUAUUAAGAAGUUCGAAGGUAAUGACAAUGCUUAUGAGCUUGACUUAGGUCCUGCUUAUCAAAGUAGAUUGGUUAAUGUUAAACACAUGCGUCCAUAUCAAGACUCAUUGUUCUAUAAAUUACAACCACCUACAACUUUUCAAGGCCUCAUUAAUGCUGGUCGUGCUAGAAAUAUUGAAGCUAUUCGUGGUGUUGACAUCAUCAACCGAUUAAUGGCUUUAACGUUCAAGGACUGUGCACCUUUCCACGCUGCUAUUUUCCCUGCAGCCGAUGUUCGGCAUGCUUUGCAUCCAACAUAUUUUCAGGAGUUAUUGGAUCAAUAUUCAUUACCCCUACAACAGGAGCCGGAGAUUUACAAUGCUGUUCAAAGUUUAGCUACUUAG